AUGCGCAUGACCGCCAAUGCAUCCGACCAAGCAAUGCGACGGGCCGUGGUGGUCUCAUUCAUGAAACACAUCCAGCAAUUGAUGGAGGGCGGCAAGGGCGCCGGCGAAGCCGUCCACGACGUGUUUUCCAAGUAUCGCGAGGUCGUGGACCGCUGCUGUUUAUUUGACCGCAACAAGGAAGCGAAGAAGGACCAGGUGGAUUUGCUGCUUCUGCUACAGCAGGACUUGAUCCAUCGCCACAAGGGGGACACGGUGUUGCUGUUUACGGCGAAGGAGCUGUAUGAGCUGGAGCUGGUGGAUGAGGAGGCAUAUGAGCAGUGGUGGAGAGAUGAGCGGUCGACUGUGUCGGAGGAGAUGCGGACGGUUCGGGCUCAGGCUCAGCAGUUUGUCGAUUGGCUUGCUGAAGCGGAGGAGGAGGAGAGUACCCAAGCCGCCACCAAGGCUGCUUCCGGCCCCGGCCUCGCCACCGCGCCCUUGGAACCGCCGCGCCCGCCCACUCCCACCCCUGCCACAACGACAACGGAGUUGACUGCGAGGGGCAGCUCCGUGAGUUCUGUUUCGGCAAAUAAGGAUAUCGUCACCUCCGCCACGACCAGCAUGGAUUCAGAUGAUGAUUUCAUGUCUGACGUGUCGAGCCAGGAUGACUUUUUGGACACUCAGGACAGCGACAAUGACAAUUUCGGUGACCUCGAUGGCGGAUUCUCCGACGACAAAGACCUGCUCACCCAAAAACGAAAACCCUACGAAGUCGAGUUCAAGGUACUCAACCCUGCAGAUAUUGAACGAGAACAACAAGCCCAGAUUAGCGAAGUCUCCGCCAUCCUGGGCCUGCCGCCAGAGUCAGCGGCCAUCCUGCUCCGGUUUGGGAGGUGGAAGCGGGAGAAGCUAAUAGAGUCCUACAUGGACCACCCCGAGGUGACGUUGGAGGAUGCGGGCUUGGGGACAAAUUUUGAAGGCGCUGUGAAGAUGGAAGCCAUCCCGGGAUUCAUGUGUGAGAUCUGUUGUGAGGAUGGCGAGGGCCUCAAGUCGUACGCGAUGCGCUGUGGCCACCGCUUCUGCGUGGAUUGCUAUCGUCACUACUUGGCCCAGAAAAUCAAGGAGGAAGGCGAGGCUGCUCGCAUCGAGUGUCCGGGCGAAAGUUGCCACCGUAUCGUGGACUCUCGAUCGCUUGAUCUACUGGUCACGAAUGAUCUCAAGACACGGUAA